ACAAUACAACAGAGACACACGUAACCAUACAUAUUGCACACGGAGAGAGAGACACAUGUGAGAGACAGAACUCAGACCCCCCCAAUCACCCAAACCCAUACUCAAAAAACCAUAUAAAAACUAUUGGAUCACCUCUGAAUAUGUCACCGACCACUUGCUAAAGCUUGCAAUUAUAUCUUUCCUUUUUCUCUAGUUGGGUUUUUAUUUUUUGCUCUGAGAGAAAGAGAGAGAGUUUGUGAGUUUUGGGGGCUUGGUGAUAACUCGAUGGCUGCACCACCAGCAAAGGCUCGUGCCGAUUACGAUUACCUCAUCAAGCUUCUCCUUAUUGGCGACAGUGGUGUGGGCAAGAGUUGUUUGCUUUUGCGCUUUUCUGAUGGUUCCUUCACAACCAGUUUUAUUACCACCAUUGGGAUUGAUUUUAAGAUAAGAACUGUUGAGCUUGAUGGCAAACGAAUUAAAUUGCAAAUCUGGGAUACAGCUGGUCAAGAGCGGUUUCGAACUAUCACUACAGCUUACUACCGAGGAGCCAUGGGUAUUUUGCUGGUGUAUGAUGUUACUGACGAGUCAUCUUUCAACAACAUUAAGAACUGGAUUCGCAACAUUGAACAACAUGCAUCUGACAAUGUUAAUAAGAUACUGGUGGGGAACAAGGCUGACAUGGAUGAAAGCAAAAGGGCUGUGCCUACCUCUAAGGGUCAGGCUCUUGCUGAUGAGUAUGGCAUCAAGUUCUUUGAAACUAGUGCAAAGACAAAUAUGAAUGUGGAGGAGGUCUUCUUUUCAAUAGCAAGAGAUAUUAAGCGAAGGCUUGCAGAGACUGAUUCCAGGGAUGAGCCAAAAUCACACCUUGAGGUUAAAAAACCGGAACAGACAGACGGUGGUGGUCAAACUGCACAAAGGUCAAGUUGCUGUUCAUGAUUAGAAAUUGUGGGAAUGUUCUGAUAGUGGCACUCAUUAGGGUGUAUAAGCAAUUCUGAUGAGGAUGUAAUGGCAAUAUUGUACAACUCCCCCUUUGAAUUUUACUUUCUCUUUAGAGUAUAAUUCAUCAAGAAAUUUAUAAUCAAGUCAAGGAAAAAUUAUAUUUGCUGAACUUGUAAUCCAUCCCCCCCAGAACUUCCCUGAAGUACUUUUAUUUGUUGCAUAAGUGACCUCUUCAAAGUUGGAUUGUUCUUUAGAUAGAAUAUUUGGUUAGCUUUCUUUGCCAGGUUGAA